UUUAGGGGCGGGGAGAAGCUUGAAAGAUGCGUUUGUCGGUCGUCGCCGCCAUCUCCCAUGGCCGCGUGUUCCGUCGCCUGGGCCUUGGUCCCGAGUCCCGCAUUCACCUGUUGCGGAACUUGCUUACGGGACUAGUGCGACACGAACGCAUCGAGGCGUCAUGGGCGCGCGUGGACGAGAUGAGAGGCUACGCCGAGAAGCUCAUCGACUAUGGAAAGCUGGGAGACACCAAUGAACGAGCCAUGCGCAUGGCUGACUUCUGGCUCACGGAGAAGGACUUGAUCCCAAAGCUGUUUAAAGUGCUGGCUCCUCGGUACCAAGGUCAGAAUGGGGGCUACACGAGAAUGGUGCAGAUCCCAAAUCGGAGUGAGCAGGAUCGGGCCAAGAUGGCAGUGAUUGAGUAUAAAGGGAACUGCCUCCCACCGCUGCCACUGCCUCGCAGAGACAGCAAUGUUACACUUCUAAACCAGCUGCUGCAGGGGCUGCAGCGAGACCUCAGCCAGGACAAGAAAGCCAGCAUUCACAGCUCCCACACAGCUAAAACACCAAGAAUUUAACUGUUACUGAAAAGUCUAUGAGCCUCAUCAGUGCCCAUGUUCACAGGCCUUUGGAGCUCUCUUAAUCGCUGAGAAGAACUUAAGCUAAAGUUGUAAAAUGGACAGUCUUACUGGGGCCCAGAACCUUCUGGGGAGCCAGAUGGCCCUCUUUUUGCACAAUAGAUAAAAUCUCUUGUAUGAAUAUAUGUAAAUUGAUUUUUUUUCCCCCUUGGAAUUUCUGGAGAUGAGAGCUAUACAAAUGCUCAAUCUACGUGGAUAGAAAACUCACAGCUCAUGUUUUUGGUUCUCAGAUCUAGGUUGUGUUUGGUUAGCAAUUUUGUUUUUCCUAAUGCCAGAUGGGGUGUGUUUCCUCUCAUUCAAAUUGGCCCCCAAAGGUGAUUGAGUUUUGACAUCUAGCAUAGAGACUGACUCCUGGAGAUUUCUUACAGAAAAAUUGCUUCCUGACAGGAGGGGGAGAGUGAACAUCUGGAAGUAAACCUCUAACAAUCUGGUUCUUUAGGAACCUUCAGAGGACACUGUAACCACUUCUCUGUUUCUAGGCAGGAGCAUACAUUACCCUCUGUCUUCCUCUCAAGCAUUGAGUGGGCCUUGGAGGAGAGGACCUGAGAACUCAGAUGUGCUACCACCCCCACCGAAGGGGUGGAGGCAUUCAGAAGAGGAUGCAUUCCAGGAUGCACUUCUUCCUCUUGGAGGCAAGGAGGGGGUUGAAGUGGGAGGGGGAUUAGGAAAUUAAACCCGCUGGGAAUUUCCUGGAAGUUUUUAUUGUUAAAUCUCAGCUCACCCGUCAGCUCAGAAAAAGGAAAUCCGGCUUCAGAAUGGCUAGGGCAUGUGAGAAGCAGAGAGCUCCUUUAUAGUUACUGAUUACUGUGAAGCCAGGUUUGGCCCAGCCAAGCUGCCCAACUCUCAGGCUUGGAGGCUUGACUUGGUUGGUAGUUAUGGGAAGACCUAAAGAGGGGUUAUCACUUGCCUGAACAGUUGGUAACAGGGCCUGACAGUUGCUAUAUCCUUAGUGUAUUAGGAAGAAGAGGUUUUAUCUUAGGCUGGACCUUCAGAAUAUUUUACCCACUGAACCCAUCCAUUGUCUAAGAUAAUAAGGGGUGGGGGGAGGGUCACUGGUCUUACAGGUAAGCAUGAGCUUCAGUGACAGAAUUAUUCCUGUGCCAUUUCAUUGCAGCUGCUCUAAUCUGAUACUCAACUGCUCCAAACAGGGCUCUUUCCCUCUUCAAUUUAUCCUUCACACUAUUGCCAGAAAGCUCUUCCUGAACAUUGUAUUUUUAGUGACAUGUAGGAGAGUUUCAAAACAUUUGUUGAAUAAACCUACAAUUCUUUG